AUGCAUUUUCCCACAGUAUUCCUGACUCUUGCGGCUUCCGCAUGUCUUGUUUUUGCUUACCACUGUGCGAGAUUGUCUGGCACCAGCGUCGUGUGGCUGAGCUCCUUUACGGCGUUACUAACCUUCUUGGCGCGACUCCCACGCGCUCUUCUGUCCAAGGCAGCAGUAUGUGACACUCCUCGUGACAAAAGUCGCUUGCUCUCAGUUGGGGCAUGUGCGCUUUGCUGUCUAAGCGCCACCUACGGGCUGGCCACACUCGGCGCUGUACGUUUUGCGUGUGCAUGCGCCUGCGCCGCUGGCGCCAAUCAUAUUGCUCGAACGCGAAGAAGCUCGCGAAAUGCAAAGAUGGCUUGUACGGUUCUCAGUUGCGUUAUCCUGACUCUGACAUCCGAUCCAGGUCAGCAAACUCGCUCAUCCAUGCUCUUUGGAGCGUUAGGGGUUCUUUGUGCGGCUGGUGCGGUAUCUCUCUCCACGAAAGAUGUAGUGAGAAAAGCUGAUCAAACAGCUUUUCUUUUCGCUGCUGGUGGUCUAAGUCUUGUGGGUUUCAUUACGACACUUGUGCAACACAAGCCGAUUGCCGAGAAUGAAAUGCUGCUGUUACUAGUGUUCUGCAUUUCUGGCGUUGUUUUGGCGGGCUGCGUCAGUGCAGGCCUGGUGUUGCAGGGGAGCGCUGUCACUUUUGUGGCUGCGGCCGCUGGUAUGUCAGCUGGAUCAGUUGUUUGCGGUGAGAAAGUGUUUCCUGCUCUGUAUGACUGGGAAAGCCUUGCUCUGCUAACCUCCGCCGGUCUCAUUUAUGCUGCGCACAAAGGUCUGACUUUUGCAGACUCCUCCGUAGCAUCACUAACUGGCGUUUCCCUUACUCCAGCGCAGAUGUUGAAAACAAAGCAGCACCGCGAGGAAGGCGGUGCUAUUGUUACCUUACUCUCUAAUUCAAGGGAGCGUAAGCUUUUUGUUUUUCUUUUGUUGACUGUUAGCAUAAUGCUUUUGGAGUUCAUUUAUGGUCUUGCAGUGAAUUCUCUAGGACUGAUCUCGGAUUCAUUUCACAUGAUGCUUGAUGGAACGUCGAUUGUUAUUGGGCUGUACGCGGCGCACGCUGCGUCGUGGCUACCAGACGAAAAAACGCAUCCCUUCGGCUACGCACGAUACGAAGUUUUUGGAGGAUUUGUCAAUGGCAUCCUUCUUCUUUUUAUUGCGUUGUAUGUGAUGAUUGAAUCCAUACAGCGGUUUGUGGACCCGCCCGAAAUCGAGGGACCGUACUUGCUUCUUGUUUCCGUGAUCGGGCUAGCCGUGAACGUGGUAGGUAUUAUCUUUUUUCACGAUUCGCAUGGUCACAGUCAUUCACAUUCGCACGGGGAAGCUGGUAGUGGUCAUAUAGACCACAACAUGCGGGGUGUUUAUCUGCAUAUUCUGGCAGAUUUGCUAGGCAGUGUUAGCGUAAUUAUUUCGAGUAUUUUGAUUUAUCUCUUUGGGCUCUGGAUUGCGGAUCCAAUUUGUAGCGCCCUGAGCGCCAUCCUAAUUCUGCUCUCAGCGUUUCCGCUGCUUGAGGAAACGGGAAAAGUUCUUCUGCUAUCUGCUCCGAAUCAUGAAAGCAACUAUUCCGAUAAAUUACGCGAAGCACUACUUGCAACAUCUUUGUUGCAAGAGGUUGAAUCUCCAAAGCUAUGGAUACACUCAACUCCUCCGCGUGAACUUACAAUUUGCACUGUGGCAGGCAAACUACGGAAUAAUACCGAGUACACAAGCGCGCGAAAAAAGAUUACGGAAACAGUAACGGCUCAUAUAAUGCACCAUUUAGAUAUUCAUAAUGUUAGUUUCGUGCUGCACCUUGAGUAA